AUGGAUGUCGAAGACGAUAUGAUUGUUUUGGUUGUGGUUGAUGACGAUGAGGAGAAAUCAACAAUUAUUACCGAGUCUGAAAUCAAAAUUGAACCAGAGUAUUCUCCGGAAGAGUCUCUGGAAGUGGGUGAUCUCAUUAAAACUGCAGAAGAGCUUGGUGAAUACAUUCCUGUGAAGACCGAACCUUCAGAUCCAGACUAUCCAGAGAACUAUGAGUGUGAUUAUCUUGAAGAUGAAGUAUUGCAGGGUGUAAUAAAAUCAGAAUACAAUGAUGAUAGAAAUGAAGAUUCUAACAGCUGUGGUGAGUUUGGAAUGAGUCUGGAAUCUGAUGCGCAACAGGAGUCAGAUAAACACCGUUUUACUAUGCUCAAACCAUGGCAACAGAAGUCCUUUGUUGCUGAACUCAGACAAGAGUACCCAGAACUGCGAGAGGAUGAGGAACUGCUUAUUAACACUUUGGAACAAAUAAUGCGUAGUGCGAAACCUCCACCUCCUCCUAGAGAUUAUUAUAUAAUGACGGGGAUUAUGUUCGAAUGCAUUAUAUGUGGUGGAUUGACAGACACUAUACCGGCCGCCAGUAGACACUACCAAGAAAAACACGGACAACGGUAUCUAGUGUGUUACGCAUGCGGAGUUGACUUCAGGAGCGCCAGCAACCUGUACAAGCACGAGAAGCGCUGCGUGGCGCCAGACGCUCGCGUGGUGCUGAGAGCGCGCGCUCAGUGCCUGGGCCGCAAGGGACGCUCCCGCCCCUAUCUACAACUACACGCGCUCUCCGCUAAGCCUGAUAAGAUCAGGUUCCCGUGCCAGCUGUGCUCGGCGGUGUUCAUGACGCGCCGCAACCUGCAGUCGCACGAGAACCUGCACCGUGGCGAGCGGCCCUACCGCUGCCACGCCUGCCCCUGCGCGUACACCUCAUACUCCGCGCUCUCGCGCCAUACAAUGAAACACACGGAUGUGCAGUUCAUUUGCGAUGAUUGUAAUCGUUCUUUCAAAAUCAAAGCGGCUUUGGUAUCCCACAUGGAUACGCACAAACCUAUGCGUAAACACGGGUGUACGGAGUGCAACCGUCGUUUCGCCCAGAAGUCAGCGCUCAGACUCCACGUGAACAGGGUCCAUCGGAACCUGCCACCACCUUGCGCUUGUCGAAUAUGUCCUAAGAGAUAUCCCCGUAUGUCUUUGCUUAAAUCCCAUAUGAAAAGAGAACAUGGAAUGUCCAUUAUAACUCGAAAGAUGUUUUUUAAAUCAUUACCGACUAUGACGGAAUUAGAAAUAAAACAAUCAAAAGUUAUUCUAAAGUCAGAAGACGAUGCUUUAGAAUACCAAACUCCGUUUGACACCGAUGAAAUGUUUAAACGGAGCAUGGACAAAAAUAGGGAUUAUGAAAAAGUAAAUAAGAGUCAAAACUCUCACUGUGAAGUGCCAGAAGAAAAUCCUGCCAUUCAUGCGUUCAUGAAGUGUGUGACUAAAAGUAAUAAAAGUUUGGGUUCUAAUGUGAUAUAUAUACAAAAUGGGGAAGUCGUUGAAGAUAUAGUCGUGGACAGGAGUCGAGAGAACUUGAUCCUGCAGGUGGAAGCAAUCGUUGAAAGUGAAGUGCUGCUGGACCCACUAAGUACUAAACAUUAA